AUGCCAUCCAGUCCAUCUUUCGACCCCCUCUCGGUGUUUCAACAACGUCCUUCUUCCUCCUCUUCCUCCUCGAGAGGGUUUAAACCUCCACCACCGGUAUCUCCCUCUGCGACCCGUACCCAUUCACAAUCCCUUCCUCCUCUCUUACACACACAGCCUCGUCGACCUCCUCCACCAUCUGCAACCCCUCCUCUCUCAUCUUCAUAUCAACCCAGAGACGAUCCUUUCUCUCGCUCACACCACUUACCAUCACCCUCCACUCUUCAACAUACGACACCACGGCCACCUCACCCAUCUGCGUCUUCAGCUCGUCCCAGAAUUACAAAUUCUAGUGUUAGUCCCAAAACACCUAGAACUGCUCAGGAGAUUUAUGAGAAGAGUAGGGAGAAGAUACCGACUGGAGUGGACAAGAUAUUGGCUCAUUUGUCAGCAUUGGACAAGAAGAGUAGUGAAAGGGAUGUGAUACUCAAUCAGAAAAUCGAUGGCAUGAACAAGGAGAUUUUUGCCUUGAAGACGGACAAUCGAAACUUACGCGAUCAAUUGCACGAGUUGAAAUUAGGGCAAAACUCGCUUGCCACAAGAGAGGAGAUGGUUGAGGAGAUCACCACGCAAUUCACUUCAGUCUUCAGCGAUAUCCAAGGGUGUGCAGACAAGAUCGCUACCCUUCCCAGCGAUAUCGCUUCCCUCUCAGCAUCGAAGAUUAUACCGCAUAUUCCCCAGUCGCAAAUCCCCUCUGGCAAUGACACUGCUUUGAUCAAUCUCCUUAACCAUGUCAGCAAUAAACUCAGUGGAAUCGACAAUCUCAUUGUCUUGCUGGGAUCUUUGCAAGGCCUCCCCGAAGCUAUCACUAGCGUAGCAGUCUUCAAAGACGCCCUUGAUGGACUUACAACUAAGGUGGAGGAAUUCUCUCAGCAUUCUCAGUCGCAAUCUGCAGCAGCUCCACCAGGGAAAUCUCUCACAAGACCUCCUCCUACACCUAUUUCACCACCUCCCAAUACCGAGAAACCUGAUCAAAACGAUGAGCGUUUGAAGAAGUGCUACGAAAUCCUACUAGGUAUGGAAAAAUUAAUGCAAAAGCAUGCUGCCACCCAAGAGGAAAUCAAGCAAAUUCUGCUUCAGGAGAUCCGUACUUCGAACAAUAGCAACAACUUGCUCGUUAGAUCGCUUACUCCGUCCUCGAUCCCGACUUUCGAAGCAACUCGACCGAACAGUCUUGAGGAUUUAGCUGAAGCGGCAGUGACUCAAGAGCGACUAGGCACAACGACCAAAAUUGCCACUCAGGAUAAUCCUGGUCGAUCGUUCCAACCCCUCAUAUCUGGUACACUUCAUGUUGCCCACACCUCGAAUUUUGGUUCGAUCGACCGCAAUCGAUCAGCCUCCCUCGAACCGCAAGUUGAUCUACUCGACUUACCUUUUCCCGCUUCGCCGGAUUUCUCGCAAAAUCAAGAUAUCAUCACGUCCACUCCCCGAGCCACCCGUGGAACAACCACGGUAUCCGACUCGUCUCUUGCCUUGCCUCCUGCAUCAAUGAUAUCUUCAGGUCCCGACGAUACACCUCAAGCGUCGAAGAAAAGGUCUGUCUCUUCGUCCUCCUCUAGAUCUACAAAGAAAGCCAAGAUUUCCGCCGACCCUUCCGAUCGACCUGUCACCCGACUGAUGUCGAACAAGGUACGAGAACCAAUUCGAUGGAAUCCUUCAUCGCAUAUGCCCAGUACUACGAAAAACAAGACAUCUCCGAUAAGCCGAAAAGGCUCCUCGCGAACUACAAUUUGUGGCCGAUCGAUACAAGAGGUCAUAGAGAUCUCGAGUGGAUCUUCUUCGUCACCACCUUGUCCAAAGUCAAAAUAUCGAUCUAAAAAGUCAAGAGAUCCGACACCCAAUACUCGAGAUAUCGCAGGAUCCGCCCUGUUCUCCGAAACCAUAACCAGCACGAAGGACAAGGAGAACUCGCUCAACUCAGGAGUUGAGAGUAUUCCUUCUGGAAAUUCCUCAGGAGGUUCACCUCGACCUCUCCGUUCGUAUGGUUCAGCCGUCAAGGGCCAAGCUGCCAAGUUCCAACCGCGUCAAUCUGAUAUUCGAGCGCAAGCCCGAGCCAUGGAGCUGGAGAUGAAUAAGAGAAGAAUGACUAGUGUCCCAACUUUGGGAUCUUCGGUCAAUCACAUGAGGUUGGACCGAAAUACCAAGGGGAAGAGGAAGAUGGAUUGCGAUUUCGAUGAUAGCUUUUGA